CUCCCGCUCUACAACACACAUUUUGCCUGUAUUUUUCCCAUGUCAGGUACCCUCCCGCUCUCAGAUAGCACUGCUACAGUAGCACAAAGCACAUGUAGCCAAGCUGCCCGCAGCCGAUUGCACCAUCCAACUGCCCGCAUUUCUUUCUUUCCUUCUUUUUUCCUGCUUGACCGCGGCUUGCGGCCCGUUUCAACGGUGCCUGUCAGAAGCAGAAAAGGUGUGUGUGAGAGUGACAUGCCCACAGCUCGUAAACGCAGCCAGAUUCCUGUAUACCCAGCCCAUAGCAGCAACUAGAGA